ACCCCCACCCCCUGUGUGUGAGCCCCUGGCCUGCUAGGUGGGGCAGAGGCUUGGGGGCCCGACUUGCAGCGGAGCAGAUGCUGUCCAAGGGCCUGGGCUUGUCAUUAACAAAUUGCAAUUAAAUCUGCACACAGAUUUAUCUGCUCCCCUGUCCCUGAGACUCCCCCGGAUCCCCCUCCCUCCCGUCCCUACUGUGCACUAUGGCCAAUAACAGCCCCCUGCGCGGGGAGCCGCUAGCCCCCAGCCUGCGGGCGAGGAGCCCAGCCACGGGGAUCGCAGGAGGCGGGGCUGAGCCGCCCGCAUUCCCGGCGGGGGGGGCACAGCUGCUGCUGCUUCUCCUGCCCGCAAGCGCUGCACACCUGGUAGCCGGGGAGAGGAGGAGGAGGAGCCGGCGCUUUGCCCUGUCAGCAGCGGGCUCGCUCGGUGGAUCCUGGUGGAGGCCGCGUGGGGGUCUGGGGCGAGCCGGGGCCUCCAGCGAUGUGCACCUAGGAGGGGCUGGCGAGGGGCCAGGGCUGCCCGGCUAGGCACCGAGGCUGUGCGCAGCAGCAGCAGCAGCGAUGGCCCCUGGCAGCAGAGACGUCGCAGCCGGGCUCUGAGUCCUGCAGGGAACCGGCACCUCCACAGCCACGGGCAGGAAAGCAGCAGGGUCUAUGGAGUAUCAGAGGAAGAAGAAACUGACCAACUUCACCAUUGGGCUCCUCUUCCUCUCGGGAGGGAUUGAAUACGCGGUGAUUCUGCCCACGAUCUGGGCCUACCUGCAGACGCUCCAUGCUGAGCCGUACUUCCUGGGUCUGGGCAUUUCUGCCUUCAGCCUCACUGGCCUGCUCACGGGGCCCCUCUUCGGGCACUGGUCUGAUCGGAGCCAGCGCACCAAAGCCAUCAUCCUCUUUGCCAACGUGUUUGAGAUAGUGGGGAAUUUCAUGUACUUUAUGGGCGUCUCCAAGUGGCUCCUCCUGGGCAGCCGGCUGGUGGCAGGUAUUGGGACGGGAGCGGGUGCCUCCAUCUUUGGCUAUCUCACCCGCUCCACCACCUCGCAGGAGCGUGCCACGGUGUUUGCUGCAGUGAUGGCAUGCCGGCAGGUCGGGCUGCUGAUCGGACCCGCCUGUAACCUCUUCCUGCGGCUCUGCAACUUCCGGCUGGGGCCCUUUGAGGUCAACAAGUUCACCUCCCCGGGGCUCUUCAUGUGCCUGCUCUGGAUCCUGCUCCAGUUUGUGGUCGCGGCGAUGUACUACGACCUGCAGCCCGUGCCCCACCCGCAGCGAGCGGCGCUGGCAGCGCAGCAGGAGGAGGAGGAGCGCGAGCCCUUGGUGCAGCACGACGCUGGCCAGGAGGAGCCCGCUGAGCACCGGAGCUAUGGCGGCACCAUCCAGCGGGUGCCCGCUGAGCCCCCCGUGGGGGACGAGUCCCGCUACGUGCCCAACGGGCACCUGGCCGAGGAGGAGGGCGGAGUAAAGGAGAAGAGCCCAUUUCAGAACUUCAGCGCCAUGCGCGAGUACCUGCGGGAGGAAGUGGUGGUUCUGCUCACUGCCCAGUUCAUCACCCUCUUCAACCAAACAGCCCUGGAGACCAUGGUGACUCCCAUCACCCAGCGCUACCUGAGCUUCGGGGAGCUCGAGAACAGCAUCAUGUACUUCCUGUGCGGCAUUGAGGUGAUCUGCGGCUUCUUCCUGGUGCGCUGCCUCAGCAGCCGCCUCCCGGACCGCGUGAUCCUGGUGCUUGGGCUGGUCAUCUGCAACGUGGCUUGUAUCUGGUGCCUGCUCUUCCUGGCCCGGCCCCAAGGAAGCUUUCCCGUCCUGCUGUCCGAGCUGGUGGUCGGCGUGUUCCUGCAGGUGCUGGGGCUGCCUUUCGUGGCUGUCUCCCAGGUCUCGCUCUUCUCCAAGGUCACAGCAGAGAGAACACAAGGUUUCAGCCAGGGCCUGCGACGGUCAGUGGGGGGAAUCGCCACCAUUCUGGGGCCCCUGUGGGCUGGAGGCCUGACCGAAAACCUCUACAUCAUGCUGGGGGUGAUGAUGGGCCUGCUGAGCCUGCUGAUGGUCAUGGUUGGGCUCUCGUACUCUUACCUGGUGGAGCCGCCCAGGAGCUACGUGCCGGGACCGUCCCCGGAGGAGCAGCGCUCGUGACCUCCCACCCCUCCACUGCGCACCCAGAGGGACUGCACGGGUUAAAGCCACCAAGGUGAGAGCGUCAGAGCCCCUGGGCUCAGGGUGCCUCCUCUGCCCCGUGGCCAAACAGUCCUGGGUCAAGUGCACCGACACGCCUGGGUGAGGCCAGCAGCUCCUGCCUGAGGGACUCUGCAGUCCUGCUGCUUGGUGCUGGGCGGCGCGCUGAGCUCUUCAACUGCCGGGGAAUCUGCACAGUCUGUUUUGUGGGGGAAGACGUUUUACAGAGAACGGUUUGACCCUCAGAGGUCUGCUGAGCCACAGCGAGGUACCGGGGAACCCGCAGAAGAGCAUUCGACCCUCCCGGCCUGGGCUCUUGUCAGUCUGUACAGUAGCAAAUGAAUACCUUCCCAGGGUUUCACAUCAUGUAAAAAAAUCUCUUGGUGGCAAAAAUAUGGGGGGAAGCGAAGGAAAUUCCCCAAUAAAAAAGUCAGUGUGAUGGUUUGA